CAUUUAUUUAAAAUGCAAGCACACCAAAUAUUCAAGCUACAAUCAGUAUUAAAGUUUACUACUGACAAGAUGCAUAGCGCUGUCCUGCUGCUCCCAUUGUUGUUCUGCCUAGGAGCUAAUGGCGAUUUGUCUACGCCCCUUGUUACGGUCCAUAUGGAGGACUAUAUAGCUCAGAACCAGAGACAAUACGACGCCAAGCUCAAGACCUGGGAGGAUGAAUUGGCUAUUUUUCGGAAAACCUUUACCAGCGAACUGCGAGCUAUUGAUGUGCAUGCCGAUCAGCUGGAAGCAAAGCUGGAGGAAGCGAAAGCACGUCUAAAUCCAAUUGAGCUUAUUGACUCUUGGCACAAGCACUGUGUGCAGAACUACAGCGCAACCAUUCCUUUAUUCGCCAAUGUGCGAAGCGCCCUCAGCAGCUGUUUCAAUUCGGCCAAUAACAACCUGAACUCUAUCCUAACGAAUCCACAGAACACCUUUAACAGCCUAAAGAACUUCUACAACAGCAACCUAAAAACAUUACUGUCCGACUGCGAGAAGCGGAACCCCAAAAGCCAAUUGAACUACACAAUCUGUGUUGAGAAUGCAAUUUCUACAACCAAUACCUUUACUCUAAAUAACCAGAAGAACUUCAACAAUUACAUGCAACAGGCACAGUGCGCUGCUGAUAUACGCACCACGCAGGCCUGGGAGUGUGCCUUCACCACGGUCUAUAGUACCAGCUCAUCACUGGGGGCAUCCAUACGUCUUAUCGAUGAUUGUAUUGCCAAUAAACUGGCGUGCGCUUCCGUAUCCUGCACCAGUAGUUGCACUAAUCAUAUGAUUAUCAGCUGGAAGGAGAAUGACUUUCUUAACGCCACCAUUAAGAAUCCGUUUUAUGGAUUGGAUAGUAAGCUGAGUUGCUUAGAAAUGAAGUUUAAGUAUUAAAUUCGAAAGAAUUAAAUGCAAUUUUUUGAUCACUUGUACUUGUCCAAAGACAAUAACAUGUCCAUAUAAUUUCAAAUUGUUUACUUGCUCAAUUUCUAAUUAAUACACACGUUCGACAUGCAGGCUUCUAUUAAGUCGGAUG